GGCAAAGGCGUUUUACAGUAGGCAGAUGGGUUGGUCAUAAAUUUAAGAUAGAAGAGCUAACGCAAUCAACCGGCUAGAUUAUUAAUAUUUUGCAAAAUGGGAAUAGCCGAUGAGGCUGACCGGACUUUGUUUGUGGGGAAUUUGGACCCUCAAGUUACAGAAGAAGUUAUAUUUGAGCUGUUUUUACAGGCUGGGCCGUUGAUCAAAGUCAAAAUCCCUAAAGACAAUGAUGGCAAAUCGAAGAAGUUUGCAUUUGUAAACUUCAAACAUGAAGUGUCUGUGCCCUACGCCUUGAACUUGCUGAAUGGCAUCCGUCUGUACGGACGGCAGCUCAACAUAAAGUUCAGAGCCGGCAGCAGUCAUAUUAAUCAGGAAGGCAAAAGUCCAGCAAACUCUCAAAACCCCAGUCCAGCAAACACACCUGGUCACCGCGGCGGAAGAACCCCAGAGCAGAUGGGCUCUCCAUCCUACUCUCCUCCGCAGCAUUUACAGAGAUCUUUCUCUUCACCUGACAGUCUGCAGAGACAGGCCAUGAUGAACAACAUGUGGCAGGUUCAGAUGCAGCAGUGUCUCCAGCUCAGUGGAGGUCUCCAGCAGGGCACGCAGCAGCUGCGCAGUCCAGCAGACAGUAACCACUGGCAGCAGGAUCGCUCCGGCCAGCGCGGUCAUCGCCACCCUCACCAGGACAAUAACAACCAUCAUGGCAGAGAUCAACGGCACGGCGGGAACAACUAUGACCGGCAACGGCGAGGUGACUUCUAUCACCAUGAUGACCGCAGCGGAGGACACAACAGGAAUUACCCUCCUGAACGACGGAGAGACUCCAGAGAGGGACGAUGGAAACACUUUUAAACGCCAGCUUUAGUUGCAUUUUAGUUCUCUUUUUAUUUUAUUUUAAUUUUUUUUAUCAACUGUUUUAAUAAGAUUUUGUUAUCCUCCAAGAUUUUUACAUUUUCUAUUUUGUGGAUUGCAUCUUAACUGUUAAAAAAAGCAAGUUUUUGUCACAAUGAAGUUUAGGCAUUUGGAUUGAAAGUUAAAAAAAAAAAAAAAAAGAACUUCAAAACCAGUAAUAAGUUGGCCAUUUUAUGUGCUGGCCUGUUUUAAAUAUAUAUUUUGAUCUCGGGGACACCUAUGUUUAUUUUUAAGAAUGUCAUUUUUGAGAAAUAUAUUUGUAUGUAAAGCAACAAAAAUGCAGAAAAGAACAAAAUAUUAUCGUGUUUUUUUUUUUUUUUACAUUUGUAAUUUCUCAGGAUUUCUCAUUUUGAAAAAUAGAAAACGAGUUUUCGGGUGCUUUCAUGUUUAAUAUACGUGCUUUUUUGUUUUUAAUUUAAUUUAAUUUUUUUACUGACUGCGUGCAUACUUUCUACGUUCCUCUUUUGGGGAUGAGAUUUAUUAUUCAUCAAGACAGUCUUUGUAAACUUGGAGCAAUAACUAGUUUUAAUACUUUUGUAAAUUGGCCAUUUUUAUUAUCAAGUGCAACAUUUGGUUUCAUAAAAUCAUUGUUUACUGA